AUGGCUUCGGGUCGGUCCUUCAAACUGAGUAGUGGCCAUAGCAUGCCCGCCAUUGGCCUGGGAACUUGGCAAUCAAAGGACUAUGAAGUUCGCGACGCUGUGAAAACUGCUUUAGAAUCAGGCUACCGACACAUCGAUGCGGCUGCUGUCUAUGGCAACGAAAAGCAAGUCGGAGAUGGAAUCAAGGUAUCGGGAGUGCCGCGUGAGGAUAUCUUCUUGACAAGCAAAUUGUGGAACACACAUCAUAACCCGGAUUAUGUCGAAGAAGCUGUGAAUCAGUCUCUCGAUGAUCUCCAGACUGACUAUCUUGAUCUCUAUCUGAUUCACUGGCCGGUAGCGUUCCGUCACUCUAACGAAACCACCCAACCGAUCGACGCGGCGACUGGUCUUAUUGAUGUUAUUGAUGUGCCAAUCAAGGAUACCUGGGAAGCUAUGGAGCGCCUCGUGGAGCAAGGCAAGAUUCGCACAAUAGGUGUGAGCAAUUUCACAAGGGAAAAGAUUGAAGAACUGCUCAAGACCGCCAAGAUUCGCCCAGCAGUGAAUCAAAUUGAGGCACAUCCUUACCUUCAGCAACGUGAUUUGCUUCAGUGGAGCAAAGACAAUCAAAUUGUCAUUACCGGGUAUUCGCCUUUGGGAAAUAACAUUUACAAUAUUCCUCGUGCGGUUGAUGAUACGUUGGUUAUUGACACAGCCCAUAAACUGGGUAAAACACCAGCGCAAGUCUUGAUCAGCUGGGCUGUGCAGCGCGGGACAGCAGUUCUUCCCAAAUCUGUUACGGCUUCAAGAACUAUCAGUAACUUUGAGGACUUCGUCCUGCCUGACGAUGCUUUCGAUGCUAUACAGUCUUUAGAAAAGCACCAUCGAAUGAACUUUCCCGCAAGACUAGGCGUUGAUAUUUUUGGUGAAGUCGGCGAGGCCAGCACUCGGCAAAGUGCAUUGACAUGGGCCGCAGAGCAGAAGAGACUGAAGGCGUGA